CACCCCACCUCUCCCUCUGCCGCUGAGUGCCUGCUGCUGCUGUCUCUUGCGUUCCAUUCUCAGAAACGCUGAAAAGUGUUCCGAAGCCAACCUCCUCGGCUUCACAGCUGUGAGUGUAAACAUACCUAAAUAUCACAUAAUUUAUUGUCGAGGUGAAAUCGACUAGUUAAGCACUGAACGUAGUUGGAGACCAUCGUUAAAUCAGAACUCGAAUUAUGAUAAGCAAAAUGGGAGGAAAGUCGCCGCUCGCUCACUGAAGUUGGAGGUUCUCCUUGUGGAAGAGGAAUAGGUGGCGCGGCAAUACCACAAGCACUCUCUCAAAGAGAAAGAGUGGGCGGAACCUUCCUAAAUACCUCAUCCAUUGAGGUGGGCUAAAAUGAGUAUAACCAGUGACGAAGUGAACUUCUUGGUCUACAGAUAUCUCCAAGAAUCAGGUUUCUCCCACUCGGCUUUCACCUUUGGCAUCGAGAGCCACAUUAGCCAGUCCAACAUCAAUGGAACGCUAGUGCCCCCUGCAGCCCUGAUCUCCAUCCUGCAGAAGGGCCUCCAGUAUGUGGAGGCAGAGAUCAGCAUCAAUGAGGAUGGCACUGUGUUUGACGGGCGGCCCAUCGAGUCGUUGUCGCUUAUCGACGCGGUGAUGCCAGACGUAGUGCAGACGCGGCAACAGGCCUUCCGCGACAAACUGGCCCAGCAACAGGCCUGCGGUAUGGCCGACAGCGCCUUGGGUCACCAGGGCAACACACCAAAGAACGGAGAGCCUAUGCUGAAUGGAGACGAGAACGGCACUCACAACAUGAAUAACCACAGUGAGCAGAUGGAGAUGGAUGUGGAUGUGGAGAUCCCAGCCAGCAAGGCCACGGUCCUGCGAGGCCACGAGUCCGAGGUGUUCAUCUGUGCCUGGAACCCAGUCAGCGCCCUGCUGGCCUCAGGUUCUGGGGACUCGACAGCCAGGAUCUGGAACCUGAAUGAGAACAGUAACUCGAGCUCCACCCAACUGGUGCUGCGUCACUGCAUCCGAGAGGGAGGCCAAGACGUCCCCAGCAACAAAGACGUCACCUCACUGGACUGGAAUAGCGAAGGGACUCUUCUAGCAACAGGGUCCUACGAUGGAUUUGCAAGGAUAUGGACGAAAGACGGUAAUCUGGCGAGCACUUUGGGGCAACACAAAGGGCCCAUAUUUGCACUGAAGUGGAAUAAGAAGGGGAACUCUAUCCUCAGUGCUGGUGUAGAUAAGACGACAAUCAUUUGGGAUGCACACACAGGAGAGGCCAAGCAGCAAUUCCCUUUCCACUCAGCCCCAGCUCUGGACGUGGACUGGCAGAACAACUCCACCUUCGCCUCCUGCAGCACGGACAUGUGCAUCCAUGUGUGUCGGCUGGGCAGCGACCGCCCUCUCAAGACCUUCCAGGGACACACGAAUGAAGUUAACGCGAUUAAGUGGGAUCCAUCAGGAAUGCUGCUGGCCUCCUGCUCUGACGACAUGACUUUAAAGAUCUGGAGUAUGAAACAGGACGUGUGUGUCCACGACCUCCAGGCUCACAGCAAAGAAAUAUACACAAUCAAGUGGAGCCCGACAGGCCCUGGAACCAGCAACCCCAACUCCAACAUCAUGCUCGCUAGUGCCUCGUUUGACUCCACGGUGCGCCUGUGGGACGUGGAGCGGGGCGUGUGCAUCCACACGCUGACCAAACACCAGGAGCCCGUCUACAGCGUGGCCUUCAGCCCCGACGGGCGCCACCUGGCCAGCGGCUCCUUCGACAAGUGUGUCCACAUCUGGAACACCAUGACGGGGGCCUUGGUACACAGCUACAGGGGGACUGGCGGCAUAUUCGAGGUCUGCUGGAACAGCACUGGAGACAAAGUGGGCGCCAGCGCCUCCGAUGGAUCGGUAUGCGUUCUUGAUCUACGAAAAUAGCAUCCUAGCAGUGACUUUGAGGACAGACCAUGGAUUGUGCAGUGAAAGGCCAUCUGACAUCAGCAAACACACUCUCCAGCAGGACUGGCAGUGUUGACAACGUCCUCAGUGGAACCACACUUCAGGAGUGUGAGAACCUUUAGAAAACCAAAACCUCCUAAACGUCUGUUAGAACUCCCAUGGACGUUCUCCAGUGGGAGACCACAAAGGGGUUCUGCUGGGAGAAUCCACUGGGCUGGACUGAAGCCAGUCCAACUGAUUUGACCCUCUGUCUGAGGAGAUGAUGUAACAUGCUGUCGUUCUCCUGGCCUGUGGUCUAGCUGCUCACUGGCUGAGGUUCUGAAACCUCCGGAAAGAAGGUGUGCACAGGAGGAGGUGUGAAAACAGACAAAUCAGUGUUGAUGUGUGUUUGCCGAUGAAUCAUGAAAGAUUGUGUUUUAGAACUUCUAAGCGCAAAUGUUCCUCCAUGAUUUGAGUAACAAUAGGAAGGCUCAAGGAGAGUAACAUCAUAAGCGAUACUCUAGCAUCCUCAAUUGAAAAAAUGCUUAACUUCUCCUCAGUGGAGAAUGGCUUGUUUCAAGAGUACUUCUUGUCGAAUUUGUCAUAAAUUGACUUUUAGAAGUCUGAAAAAUAUGUCGCUGAGAGAGUAGUUCUGAGCUCACAUUUAAUAACAUCAUGGUCAGCAACAACAAAAAACUGCCAAGUUCAAACGAAGUUUGGUUUACUAGAGGAUAAACAUUUUGGUGGGCGUCUGUACAAGAUGCCAAAGGUGUAUAUUCUCCCCUCUGGAUGUAAAUUUAAUGAAUGUAAAGAUAUGUAAAUUAGAUAAAUACACAGACUUAUAUACUGUGUAUAUAUGUUUAUAUACAGUACACUUUAAUGUCAUCUUGGGGCUCAACACUGGCUAGAGCUUCUUUCCUAAUACUUUACAAGACCCUGGAUAACUGGUGCAUGACAGACAUAUUUCUUUUGUCACAUUCUCUGUUCUUUUAUUCUGCCAAUUAUGCAUACAGUAUAUUAAGGUGCUUUGUCAGUAAUGUGUGACAUUGGUUUGGAUCUCAGUUAUACUGUUCCUCAUCUCUAAGGCUUUUCUGCUUUGAAGCCAUGUGGGAUCUGUGCCUCAGCAACGCCUGCUGCAGCAGACCACCCAGUGGACAGAAUGGGACUGAACAAGAGUGCCCGGUCACCUGCUUUGCUUCGUAGCCCCAAGGCUCUUGGAUUUCCCAUUUCUGGAACAGGAUAUUGCAACUCUUGUGACAUCUCGUCUGUGAUUAGCCUGGCGUCUGGGGAGCUGAACAGACAGACACCACAUGGACUGACCUGAAAUAAGAGCCAACUUUUAUCUCAAUUCUUCAAUGCUGCUGCAGUAACAAAGUGUCAUGGGUCAUCUACUGAGCUGUUCUAACAACCCUUCUCUAUUUGACACCUUCCCCUGAUCAGUCGUGUAGAAACCCAGUAUCUUAUUUGUACUGCCUGAGCGUUCUCUGGUUGGUCAAGUGAAAGUACUGCUGUUGCUUCUAAGCUGUGAUUGGUUUAGUUGGGUUGAGGUCCCGAUGUUGCCACCGCCUGAUUUAAUUGGUCAGAUCUGACUUCUUAUUUGAAUGCCUGUAUUAUGGGCUUAGCUUUAAUUGUGUGCAGUAUGUCUGUCUGCUUCAGCUUACUGGGGUUAUAUUGUGAGAGCAGUGUCUACAAACUAACAGGCCACCACUUUGAUAUGCCUUUUUCUGGUCCCUUCACUCUUUCAGUAAAGCAAAUUUUUAGAGCAAUGUUAAGUGCACUUUUUCAGGGUAGGGUCAGCUUAUGUUUCGGAUUUGCGUAAAGAGAUAAGGCCAGCAUUUUAUUUCCUAUCGCAUUUUUCUUUUCUUUUUUUACACAUAAUUCUUUUUUUUUUGCAGAGAGCCAUUAUUGUCUGUGUCAGACUGAGAAUGGGGCUGUUAUUUGGGGGCCAUCUUGGCUUGCUGAGGGGCCCAGUGUGAAACAAGUGCUGUGACAGCUAUCUUUCUCCCACUCCCAACCAGGGUGUGUGCUCACCUGUUUCCAAGACGAUAAAGUCAACACUCAAAUGUCUCAAAUAAAUCACUCUAUUUUGAUACUAGAAA